GCGGCGGUCCCGCGCGCCGCGACAUCCGGCGCCGUCGCGCGCGCGCCUGGGUACUCAUGGCCGCCUCCGUGGAUUUCAAGACCUACGUGGAUCAAGCUUGUAGAGCUGCAGAUGAAUUUGUCAACAUUUAUUAUGAGACAAUGGAUAAGAGAAGAAGGGCUCUAUCAAGACUUUAUUUGGACAAAGCAACAUUGGUUUGGAAUGGUAACGCAGUGUCGGGGCAAGAAGAACUGAACAAAUUUUUUGAAAUGUUGCCAUCUAGUGAAUUCCAGGUUAAUGUGUUGGACUGCCAGCCUGUUCAUGAGCAAGCCACUCAAGGCCAGAUGACAGUCCUCGUGGUGACAAGUGGGACAGUAAAAUUUGAUGGUGACAAGCAGCGCUACUUCAAUCAAAACUUCUUACUGACAGCUCAAGCCACACCUGCCAACACAGUGUGGAAGAUUGCCAGUGACUGUUUCCGCUUUCAGGACUGGGCCAGUUAGUGAGGAUUGGCUACAGGAAGUGACCUCUCAUUCGACAGCUUGAAGUUAGCUCCACACAUGAGAAUGAUCGCUCUUCGUGUUGCAUCUCCCGUUAUGGAAGGUCUGCAGAUGUUUCAGGGUUGAUCCCAAUGACCAUGGGAAUAGUGGUAAACUUAAAAUGUGAGAGGUUAAUGUGUUAGCCAAACCUAAUAAAAUACUGAAGGCAGUGAGCUGUGUUGGAAUCAUUCCUAAAAUGCCUUACAUGCAGCUGUGCUGCCACUUCCAGACUUCUUCUAUGUAAUGCUGAAACUCAGAAUUCUUUUAAUGUACAAUUCUGACCAAACGUAUUUUUCUUUCACCUUCAAAAGAUCUGUUUUUACAGUAGCAUCUUCCCUCAUUUAAAGAAGAUGCUUGUGAUGUGUAGAUAGAAUUCUGAAAGCUCCCUGCUCUUGGUUAUAAGAGGCUGGGAAGUUCUGACAGCGAUUUCUGCUGUUUGUGAAAGCAGCAGAUACAGCUCCUCAGUGCGUUUAAUCUCCCAAAUAAUCCAUUGGAAAGCUCAUGUUACCUUCUCUAAUAUGGAAGGACUAAACUCACCGAGUUUCCUUUUGGCUUGGGUUCCUCAGGCCUUGGUUGUAGUUAAUGUACACUGAUUCGUAUGUAGGGUGUGCUGAACGAUUCAGCGCUCCUAUGCCAACAGUUCUUGUCACAAGCAUGUGAAGGACUUCAAACUGAUUAUUUUUCUUUUGAAAUCUUACAGUGUUUGAAAUACUUCAGUUAUAUAGUUUGUUUGCUUUAACUGUUAUUUCUGUUGCUAUGAAGUUUGUACUGUUUUUCUCAUAUUCAGGCUGCAAGUUUUGAAUCCUUACCGUCUUUUAAGGAAGCAUUGUAGUAAAAAAGUGGCACUGAAAGUGUGUAUUACUGUGAAGCCUUCAAUUUUUAUCUUCAGUACUGUUAUUCAGAACAGGUGCUUUGAUUAUUUUCAACAUUGAAGAACAGCUCUGAACACAAAUACCAUAUUCCUCUCAUGCUGAUUUUUUACUGUACUUUUCAUGUUGUUUUUAAAUAGUACCUUUAAUUAUUGGUUGGAGGGGUGUGUCUUGCUUUAAAUUUGCAGUUUAAAGCUUUCAGCUGCUUUAAAAUAGUUUUCAAUACUGCAGGUUAAGACCGUCUGUCUUAACUUGGGAACUAAAGAGUAAACCUGAGUAUCAGCAGAUUUGUUUCAAACUGGUACACUACUAAAAGCAGUAUGACUGCAGCUCACUUGUCGUUAUGACUGAAAUCGGGAGAACUGUGAGAAUGAGCAAUAUCUAACUUGUGCUAGGUCUGAAAGCAUCUGUAGUUUGCUAUGUGAUCCCACAAAUAAUGGGAUGUUUAGGUGGUAUGUGUGCGUUUAUUUACUUUUAAGGCACUCUAGUCUUUAUAUCAAUAAGUUAGAAUUGGUAGCCUGUCUCUGUUCAGAAGCUGUUUAUGUUCUGAACUGUCGUGUAACAAUUUUUCAGCCUGAAGAAUAUGAAUUCCUGCAAAAUAAUGCAAGAAGUCUGGAAUUUUUGAAAACUGUAAAUAUGUUAUUUCUGUAUGCAGUGAAGAAAGGUUUGCUCUAUUUAUGUACUUUUUGUUCCUAAGCAUAUGCAAAGUUCGUAGAUUUGUAUUUCUUUUACAAAUUUAAAAAGAAAAUGUAACCCUAAGCUUGCCCGUGCCUGGUACAGCAUUGUUGAACUGUGGCACUGCUGUGGGGUGUUUUUCUCUAUUUAAUUUGCUGUUGAUUGUGUGAGUAGUGUUACAGCCCUGCUUUGCACACACAAAACAGGCUUCGACUUUUGACAUGCAGUGAUGGGUGCAACUGCAGCGUUUGCUCGUAGAUCUUUGAAGGCAGCCACCAGAACAUAUACUCACAGCUUUACCUGGUAAGCUUGCCCUGGGAAUAAAUACUUAUUGGAUAUUUUUAUUCAGGUUUUAAUUUAUAUAGUAAUUUUUAAGCUUUUUCUAGGCAGAUAUUUAGAAUAUAUGAGGCAAUGUUUGAAUCAGAUGUUAUUCUUCUGAAAUAUUUUCAUACUAUUCACUUGCAUUUCAGGCUGCUUUUAAAUCUGACUUCUGCAAUUACUAGUAAAAAAAGCCAAAACAAACCAAGAUGCCAGCACUACCUGGAACACUACUUAGAAGCUUGCUAAAUGGCCUAACCAGACAAACCCAGUUUAACCUCUUACUUAGUGUGAGAUGUGUCACACUACUUAGCGUGAGAUAGGUUUGGAGAGAAAUUUAUUUGAACACUGAUGCUUCAGCCUAGGGAGAAGUGACAGGUGUGUACUGCCUGUUUCCGUCAUCUUAGAUGAGGAUCAUUUAGGCCGAGUCAGUACUGCCGAGAUUAGCGGUUGCUCUUCAUAACUGAAAAUGCUGUUUAACUAAACAUUUUUAAGAAGCAUGUGAAGUGAUAAUGUAGCUGUUGGAUUAAAUCAGUGAUUUUACAACUGAGUAAUUAAUGGCACAAACAUAAAAUCUCUUCCAUACCAGGUGGAGAAGGUAGGGAUGCUGCAGCUCUGUGCUGCUAGUUAAAACUUCUGUGCUGAAAUCACCAGAAGGGAACAUGCAAAUGCUUUUUAUUCCAUUCGGUACAAAACCAUCUGGCUGAUGUAGUAGUCCCUCUGCUGGCUCUGCUAUAAUAUCUGUAAUUUACAGUGGGCAUCUAUAAAGUGAAGUUGUUUAUGCUCUGAGGUGUAACCAGGAGUUAAUAUUGCCAUCUUUUGCUGUUUGUUACUGAGUAACUCAAGUGCAACUGGUCAGAGAAACAGGCAGCUGAAGAGCUGAGCACUUCACAUACUAACUCGCAGCUACUGAAGACUUGGUAGAUCUUCCCUUUUGUGUACGUUCCCUGUAUUGUCUUUUAUCAGUUGCUGGUUUUAUGUCGCUUUGUUCUUUUGGCAUACUGCAGUUAAAUUGACUUAAAAUACUUGUGCUGUUUCUUGGAAUGGAGAAAAGUGAUUUGUUGUGAUAGGUUUGUUAUGUGUACACUCGAACUGAUUGGAGAAAAGCACAUUAUAAAGAAAUGCUGUUUUAUCAGUAAAGUAACUUUCCACAACUGAAAAUAUUUUGUAAGUUUUUGAAAUUGUUUACAACCUCUUGUAAGAUUAAUAAUUUAAAAAAAAAAUAUUAAAACACAACUCAAACCCCU